CGUUAUCUGCGACUGCGAUACAUCAGCAGCUCAGCUGACGAUUUCAGUUCUCUUUUCUAAAGAAAUCUUCAAAUUGAAAUUGAGACAUCUAACAUGGUACCGCUCUACAGUUUGAAGAGCCUUGGAUUGGAUUGUUCAAUAUUUUCUUGUACAUUUGCUUCCAAAACUAAAAGAUUUAUUGUUGGAGAGCUAAAACCCUCGCAAUUUUCUCUUCAAAAUCAGUUACUUUACAGACCCCUCACCACUGAAAUCUUAGAAAAUCCAAACAAUUCCACAGUCGCUUACCUCAUAAACUCAUGUGGCUUGUCGCCGGAAGGUGCGAUUUCAGCAGCCAAGUGGGUCGAGUUGCAGUCCCCAGAAAGAGCAGACUCUGUUUUGGCUCUUUUGAGAAACCAUGGACUCUCUGAAACCCAGAUCUCCAAGAUGGUGAGGUCGCGUCCACAACUUCUUUUAGCCAAUCCUGAGAAAACCCUUUUGCCCAAGCUUGCGUUUUUCAGCUCUCUUGGAAUUUCAAGGCAGGACCUUGCAAAAACUCUGGCUUUUAAUCCGAAGCUUUUGUCACGAAGCUUGAAGAAACAGAUCAUACCCACGUACAAUUUCCUUAGGAGUCUGGUUUCUGAGAAAAAGCUUGUUGCUAUUUUCAAGCAUAACUCGUGUAUUUUCGUGGAAAGUAACUGCAAUGUGUUGGCAAAUAUUGGACUUUUGAGAGAAUUGGGUAUGCCCCAAUCAUGCAUUUCUAUGUUGCUAGCUCACUACACUACCGUUUUGAUGAUAAAUCCUGAAAAUUUUGGUCAACUGGUGGGUGAGGUUAAGGAAAUGGGAUUUAAUCUGGAAAAGUCGACUUCAGUGAAUGCAAUGCGUGCCUUGUGUGGUAAGAAUAAGCUGAUAUGGAAUCGAAGUCGAGAAGUUUUUAGGAGGUGGGGUUGGUCUGAGGAUGAUGUUCUCUCUGCUUUCAGGAAGAACCCGCAGUUUAUGAUUGUGUCGGAGAAGAAACUAUUGCAGGCAAUGGACCUUUUAGUGAAUAAGAUGGGAUGGCCAUCAGAAAUGAUUGCCAAAUAUCCAGUGGUCCUGAGCCUCAGUUUGGAGAGGAGACUUAUUCCAAGGUGUUCGGUUGUUAAAGUUCUAUUGUCGAAAGGAUUGGUAAAUGAAAACUUGAAUUUAGGUUCUGUGUUGCUUCCUGCAGAGAAGGAGUUCUUGGGGAGGUUUGUAACCGGAUAUCUCAAAGGAGUACCGCAAUUGUGGGAUGUGUAUCAAGGGAAAGUGGAUAUCCAGGAUAAAACAAAUUGUUCAUCUUCUUCAUCGUUUUACAGGGCCACAUCUAUCAUGGUUCUGCUCUUCAAAUUGAAGAACCUCAGAUUGGGUUGUUCAUUAUUUUCUUGCACAUUUGCUUCCAAAACUAGAAGCUUUGUGGUUGGAGACGCAAAACCCUCGCAUUGCACUCUUCAUCCUCAGUUUCUUUACAGAUACAUCACCACCGAAAUCUCACCAACCCAAAACGAUAUCACAGUCACUUACCUCAUAAACUCAUGUGGGUUGUCCCCAGAAGAUGCAAUUUCAGCGUCCAAGAUGGUCAAGUUGAAAGCCCCAGACAGAGCAGACUCUGUUUUGGCCCUUCUGAGAAGCCAUGGCCUCUCUCAACCCCAAAUCUCAAAGGUUGUCAAGUGUUGCCCAAGAGUUCUUUCAUCCUGUCCCGACAAAACCCUUUCGCCCAAGCUUCAGUUUUUCAGCUCUGUCGGAGUUUCAAGGGAGGACCUUGCAAGAUCUGUGGCCACUAAUCCAUUGCUCUUGAUGGUAAGCUUGAGGGAACGGAUUGUACCCACUUAUAAUUUCCUUAGGAGUAUGAUUUCUGAGAAAAAUAUUGUUAAUGUUUUCAAGCGCAGGUCGCGGGUUUUCUUGGGCAGUCACUGCAAUGAUGUGGUGCUAAAUAUUGGGCUUUUGAGAGAACUGGGUAUGCCUCAAUCUUCCAUUUCUGUGUUACUAUCUCAUUACAUUCAUGUUGUGAUGCACGACCAUAACAAGUUUGGUGAAGUUGUGGGUGAGGUUAAGGAAAUGGGAUUUAAUCUGGAAAGUUCGAAUUUCGUGUUUGCACUAAACGCAUUGUGCGGUAAGAACAGUAAGUCAAUAUGGAAACGCAGUCGUGGAGUUUAUAUGAGGUGGGGUUGGUCUGAGAAUGAUGUUCUUUCUGCUUUCAGGAAAAAUCCAGAGUUUAUGAUUAUGUCGGAGAAGAAAAUAAUGCGAGUAAUGGAAUUUUUAGUGAACAAGAUGGGAUGGCCGUCAGGGAUGAUUGCCAAAUACCCGUGGGUUAUGCGUCACAGUUUGGAGAAGAGAAUAAUCCCAAGGUGUUUGGUUGUUAAGGUUUUGUGGUUGAAAGGUUUGAUAGAUGAAAACUUGAGUUUGGGAUAUGUGGUUCAACCUGACGAGAAGCUCUUCGUGGAGAGGUUUGUGACCAAAUAUCAAAAUGAAGUACCUCAGUUGUGGAAUGUGUAUCAAGGGAAAGUUGAAAUCGAGGAUGUAUGAUUUUGAUACGUUGAUGCUUCAUCACUCACGUGUAUCGAUUGCUUCUGCACAAUAUUAUAAGGUUGCCCAUAAGUAAAUUUAUUGUUUGGUCGCAUACUCAAUUUCUAGCUGAUUACAUUUAUGUGUACUUUCUUAUUAGAAGACCUGGUUGGGUUGGCCUAGCUGCUUUAAUUUAUGUGUACUUUCUUAUUACAAUACCUGCUUGAAUUGGCCUGCUCCCUUUGGCGUCACCAAUCUCUUGCAUUUUGUGUUCUUGAGUUUGGUUAGCCUCAAAGUUCAUUGCAUUACACAUAUCUUGCAUCCAUUGUGGUUCAAUCAAAUUAUGAGAUAUCAACGGUUGUCAGUGCUUUACUCCCGGCUCUGUUAAUAAUGUCCUCCACUUGGUUGAUUUGUAGGGGACCAGAUCAAUAAGGCAUCAAAGCUCUGGGUGUGAGCCUUUUCUGAUGAGAACUUAAUGGUGAGGAACACAAUAUAUUCAGUGCUUGUGGCUCUUGAUUGGGUUUUUUAAGUUUAAAAACCCGGGUUUGAUGGGAUGUGUAAUGAAGGGUGAUUUGGAAAUUGGUAUCUUUCGGGAUGAAUCUAUUCAGUAAGCUGCUGGAGGUUUGCUGAUCUCUAGAGAAUGUUAGUUUUGUGGUAUGACUUCAUUUUUUUGUUUUAGACAUCUUGGCAUGCAUGCCAUUUAGAUUCAGUUAGUGCUCCAAGCCAUGAGGAUAUGAGUGCCUGAAUCUGAUUUUCCAGAUGUUACUAGUCAGUACAGGCCUAUUUCAGAAGUGUAAACAUGUGCAAUGUCACUGCCAAGAAAAUGAAAAAGUGACUUGCAAUGCUUUUACCCAAUUCUGGAUUUGAUUCCCGUGGACAAUAGACAAUCUGAAGGUUGAGUCUCAUUGCAAUGAUCUUUUCUUUUUCCUAAGAUCGCAUACAUUUAGCGGAGACAACAACUUAUGUAAUCAGUUGAGAAAUAUAACAGCAGGUAUAUCUGCACCUCUUUAUUAAUUUUCAAAUGGUUGGCACCUUGUAAUACUUCUUACAGUGGAAGUCACCUUGUCAUGAUUCAGUAACAUGUUAUAAACAUGUUUUGUUCCUUAUUUGAAAAUAUGUGCCUUUAUUGCUUAUGAUGCAGAUUGUUACUUUGCCCUAAUUUGGCAGACACUGAAUUCGUUGCCUUGCAUAUCAAUUGGAGGUGCAUGUAUUCUUAUGUCUUUCUUUGAAUUUGUCACGUUCUUCAAGUAUUGCUGUCUACGCUUAUCAGUAGACUACAUGUCUAUGCUUAUUAAAGUUGUCUAGAAUGGAUUUGGAGAAGUUUCUGUAUGGAGAGGAUUUUCCAUUCAAUGCUCAGAAUUUGGAAAAUGCUAAUAAGAUUUUGAAUCAGAACCUAUAAGGUCUUGAAGCUAAAAUAAAGGUGACUGAGUCAUCAGCUGGAGACUUGCUCUUGAUAGGUAGUAUUGCUCUUCUGUGGGAUAGACAAGGUGAGGCUCCAAGGAUUCUUAUCUGCAUUGAGUAGUUUGGAGAUGCUGUAAUGUAGUGGUAGGGUUCAUGUACUUUGAAUUAUCUUCAUGGAGGAAGGGGAAGUUGGGUUAAGGCAACAUAGGUCGCCUUUGGAAGCGUAGCUGCAUUCUUAUUGCGUGUCUACGGAUAUCUACAACCAUCUGCACUAUGCAUCCAGCCUAAAGCAGACAUCUUUGCAUUUGUACAUAUGAAUAUAGAUAAGUCAAAAGCAGACAUCAUCCUUAGUAGACACAACAAGAGAUAUACACUCUGACUUGUGUGGUAUCGGAUGUUUUUAAAUUUCGAAUUUGCAAUGGCAUGGAUGUAAUGCCCUGAUUACUGGUUUUAUGACUUCUUGAAUUGAUGUUAUUUCCUUCCUGCAUA